UAAGGUUUUAUAAAGUUUUUUUUUUUUUAAAUAUCUAGUUUUAAUCAGUUUGCAUACUUUUACUUUAGAUAUUGUUGAAAAUAUAUAGCUUAUUUUUGAGCGAGAGAGAGAGAGUGAGAGAGCUAAAGAAAGAGCGAGAGAGAAAAAGAGAGAGAGAGAAAGAGAAAGAGAGAAAGAAAGAGAGAAAAAAAGAGACAGGAAGAGAGAAAGAGAGAGAGAAAGAAAGAGAAAAAGAGAGAGAGAGAGAAAGAAAGAGAGAAAGAGAGAUUCAGGAAGAAAAAGAAGAAAAAAAGAAUUGGAAAAAGAUUAUUACCACAGCCUGUUACACGAGCCAUAAAAACUACAACAUAUCUAAUGAACUUUAAGGGUUAAAUUCUUGAUAUAAUCACCUGGAGAAUCGAUUCUAUUUUCAAUGAGGUUGGUCAACACGUCAGCAGAUGUAGGAGCUGGCUCAAGUUUCUGAUCUUUGGUACAGAAUACAAGGUCUAAAUUUGACCUGCACUUCGCAAUACAAUCGUGUGAUAAAAACAACAAUCAUGAAGAUUUUAUUCCUAUUACAAAAUUUAAGAUUGAACAUCUACCUAAAAAGUUUCAGAAAGACAAAGAUUUUUCUCAUCUUAUCAAUCACUUGUCCAAAUUAACAGUAAAAUUAACAGUGACUACUUUGAGUCCGCAAUCUACAAUAGCUCCCAAUAGUAAUACAGGAAAUGGUCUUAUAUUUUAUCAGGAUCUUAAAGGCAGCGGUAGCAUUAAAAACUGCAAGGAUACUAGGCUAGAAUCAGGAUCGGAACAGCAAUUAGGGCAGAUAAUAGUUUUGACCGCACAUCACCUGGUCUCUGACCAAGAUGCAGCCGAGAAAACUGAGUGCGCCAUGUUUUUUGAUGGGGUCGAAGUUCAACCUAAAAUUCUGAGGAGUAGUAAUCUCCUAGAUUCAUGCGACCAGCGAGACAUCAGUAUAUUGGCAUUUAAAAUAUACGAAGAAGAUACAGUUAGAGAAAUAGAAAAUAGUCUACGAGAGUAUGAAUAUUUGUCUAGGAAGUUACAUCUGAAGUACUUACACAUUAAGGAGUCAGAUAGACUUUGUAUCACUGUAUCACACCCACAUGGUUGUUACAAAUAUCUCACUCUGGGCCACUGGAGGAAACAUGAAGAGGGCUAUUACACUUACACAGCCAAAACGUGCCCAUCGAGCAGCGGCGGAUCCAUAUUUUUAUUGGGCGUACGCUCCCACAAUAUGGUCCAUAGGGGAGUGAGCCCAAGUGGCGAGAACUGUAGCAGUAAAGAAACUGUUUUUGUAAAUCCAGAGUUGUCAUUAAGAGAAGUGUAGAUUAAAAUUUCAAAUGGCAUUUUAUUAAUUGAUAUACUAUAGAUGAAGCCCAAUGAACUAACAUUAACAAACUUGAGUUACUUUUUCACCUUCUUAUAUUUUUAAGAUAUUUAUGACUUAUCCCAAAUGAUUAUUAAGCCGCAGCAUUAUAUUUUAUUAUUGAAUAUCUUGUUAAAUUAUAUAUUAAUUUGUUGGUAAUUUUUUAAAAAAUAUAUUUGAAUCGUUUAAUGGUAGCACCACACACUCGGACCAGCCGUUACUUUGCAGCGAAUCAUCAACAACCGAAACAUUCUUGUGAAACUGAAAAUAUUUGUGUAAUUUAACCUGCUGGUUAUUAGGGUUCAAACUUAUUGUGUCUAGAGGUGCUCCAAUUUACCGGUAUCAACUGUUUAAAAAAAACUAUGAUACAUUCUUACUGAAAUUAGCGCUCUCGGAGAUGUUUCUGUCAAAGUUUUAGAUGGUUGCUCAUUAUAUUAAUACUAUUAUAGUCUAUUACUGUAACAGACUAUCUACAUUUCAUAAUUUCUGUUUUUCCAUUCCCAUCGUCCUUACAGUGCCUAUAUGUCUCUAAUGCCCAAAGAAGCAAUGGUUAUAUUAAUAAAUGUUUAUGGUUUUUAUAGUAAGCAUAUUAUUGGAUAUCUUCAUACACGACUGAGGUACUCUAAACGGUUAUCUUUCUGGUGUAUCUGGUGUACAAAAUAAAGGAAAUGGUGAAAAACUUGUUUUCAAAAAGGUAUUUGAUAUUAUCUGCGCACAUUUUGAUACUUCAGAAUCAAAAGUUCUAAGCUCUUCAGUUUGUAGUCCAAAAUAAUUUUAAUUUUAGGAUGAAUAUGAUGUUCAACCCAGGACUUAAAACUUAUAUAUAACAAAUGAGCAACUAACUAGCGGUAACAAUGGGGCACUUGAUACAAAGAUUGACUGUAACGCAUUUGAGUUUUAUAUAACAUAUAUGUCAGUUCCUUUUUUUUUUAGUUGGCAACAGUAAAGUUUUAUUUAGUGUUCUUGACAUUGCUAAGUUCAGUGUCCUUGACAUUGCUAAUCUCCGAUAUGGCUGUAUGGAAAUGUAUAUUUUGUUGGACCCAUAUGUGACUAGGUAAAAAUUAUUUGCUUAUUUCAAACUUCUCAGGCGUCUUUUGGUAGAUGGUAGAUACCAAAUGUUGUUUUUUCUAUUUCAAGAUGUUAGUGUGCUCUAUCUGCUGCUCUAUUUACAAACAUUUCAUCUGUGAUAGUGAUGACAUGCGACAGUCUUAGUGUUAGUGAAAUAGAAGUUCACUUUGUUGAAAAUGUGUUCACUACAAUUCACUUUGUUGACUUACAUGAAACGUUUGUUGAUUAGUUUUUAAUAUUAACGUUUAUAAAUCUUUUUUGUCUAUAUUACAAAUGUAAAUCAAUUUAUAAUACAAUGAUGUUUGAGCAAUAUGUUCUUUUAACUAAGCUAAAUGUGUUCAAAACAAAUGUAACGCUCAACUGUAAGGUCAGGUUAUGUUUAUGUAUUAUGUUUUUACAAAGCUAAUAUUAACUCAAUCCGUGUAUAUGUCUGACAGGAAAAAAAAGUUUGUCAUUUAGUAGUAAUUAAUUAAUUUGCUUUAUAUAGGAAAAAUAAGUUGAACCCUGCAGUAUUAAGAGAUCGCAGUUGUUUUUAGCGUUCUUCCUAUUUUGUGACCAAGUAUUUUUUAAAAACUUCGCUUGUUACUGAUUGAUUUUUAUGUUGUUUUUAUGAAGUCGUUGUAUAUUUCUUUUAACAAUUAUCUUAUAUAAUUUAUUCUUUUUCUAUUCUAAGGUACUUAUGCCAUUAGGAAACAAAUUAUAUGUUAAUUUAGUCAUUAUUGUUGACCUAAAUAAGUGUAUUUAUUGCUUUGGCAUUUAGAGAGUCAUUCACGCGCUGAACAUAUAAGCACUACAAUAUAAUAGAAGGCCAGAAAGAAUUACUAGAUAAAUCAUUUUCUUCAUAUGUAGCAAGUUUUACAUUUUAGACGAAUUCUUUUAGUUCAGUUAACAAAAUGUAAACUUCUUUUUAGAUCUUUGUUAGGUUUAAAAAAGGAAAGCAUAAAUGUAAUAUAUAUAUAUGUUCACAAUAUCAACAUCUCUAAUCUAUCUAUCUAUCUAUCUAUCUAUCUAUCUAUCUAUCUAUCUAUCUAUCUAUCUAUCUAUCUAUCUAUCUAUCUAUCUAUCUAUCGAUCUAUCUAUCUAUCUAUCUAUCUAUCUAUCUAUCUAUCUAUCUAUCUAUCUAUCUAUCUAUCUAUCUAUCUAUCUAUCUAUCUAUCUAUCUAUCCAUCCAUCCAUCCAUCCAUCCAUCCAUCCAUCCAUCUAUCUAUCUAUCUAUCUAUCUAUCUAUCUAUCUAUCUAUCUAUCUAUCUAUCUAUCUAUCUAUCUAUCUAUCUAUCUAUCUAUCUAUCCAUCCAUCCAUCCAUCCAUCCAUCCAUCCAUCCAUCCAUCCAUCCAUCUAUCUAUCUAUCUAUCUAUCUAUCUAUCUAUCUAUCUAUCUAUCUAUCUAUCUAUCUAUCUAUCUAUCUAUCUAUCUAUCUAUCUAUCUAUCCAUCCAUCCAUCCAUCCAUCCAUCCAUCCAUCUAUCUAUCUAUCUAUCUAUCUAUCUAUCUAUCUAUCUAUCUAUCUAUCUAUCUAUCUAUCUAUCUAUCUAUCUAUCUAUCUAUCUAUCUAUCUAUCUAUCUAUCUGUCUGUCUGUCUGUUUGUGUCUGUCUUUCAAUAUAUCAAUAUCUGUCUGUCUAUCAAUAUAUCAAUACAUCAUUAUCAAUAUAUCAAUAUAUCAAUGUCUCUCACUCAGUCUCUCUCGAUCUCCCUCUCCCUCUCUCGGUCUCUCUAAAUAAAUAAAUAAACAAACAAAAAAUAAAUACAUAUUUAACGCAGACAAAGCCGUUGUCAAUUUAAGUUGUCUUUUAGUCGUUUCCCUAUGUCUUCGGCCUAUUCCCUUCUACGUCUGUGUCCUACGACUCACAAACUCACUCUCGCACAUGAUUGUAUUGUGAAGUUAUUGACUUGUAUCAUACAAACAUUUAUAUAAAAAAAUUGCCUUCCUCUCUUAAUAUUGUAUAUAGAUUUAAUUAUUUUGUAUAUUUGUAAUUCUUUUGUAAUUUCAGUAUAAAAUAAAACUAAAUAAUUUAGUGAUACGGUCAGUAGGUCUACAAAAUGUGAUAAUCUAUCGGGAGAAUAAAGCAAGGAGCAGUAUGUUGAGAAUAUCCUUAUAUUAUUUAAAUACAAUUUAUUUUAAUUUCAACCAAAAAAAGUAAUAUGUUGUUUUCUCCUGACUGAAUCUUUUUUAAUUGAUGUAAAAAACAAACGUCAAUUAUAUAUAUAUUGUUAUAACCUUGCCAUGCACACCACCAUCCAAGAUAGUGCAGAAAGAAGGUGCGCACUAUCACGGACUAGACAAGUUGGAUGUUGACAUGAGAGAGAGAACGAUUUCCGCCGAAGUGAAGAGCCAAUAUGGAGAUGCUGUGCUCAAGGCAGAUGCCCCUUUGUGUUUGUCAUGUCUCCGUGUAAAUAAACGUCUUUGUCUCGUUGAGUUGCCUCCCUUAAGUUGUUACAUUGGUCUCAGAAGUGGGAUUAUAGGCGACUCAACGAGAAGAGGUAGGAUUCUAGCACAAUGGCAUCUUUGAAACAACUAGACCAACUCUUAGUUAAAGAGCUAAGGCAAGAACUUCGUUACAGACGCCUGAAGCUUGGUGGUAGCAAGGAGGUGCUUACAGCUCGUCUCCGGCAAGCUCUAAUUGAUGAAGACGAAGAUCCGGAGACCUACCUAUUUGAAAUUGAACCGGAGAUUUGUGAGCUUAUUGGCAAGAUAAAUGAAGGUAUUGAUGCAAUGUGUGAACAAAUUAACAGUAUGGGGAAAAGGUAGAUAAAAUGGUGUCUCAAGAAGACUCGUUGGUAAAGGAGCAGUUGCCUGUAGACUCGUUGGUAAAGAAGUUGCAUGGUCAAGACUGUGGCUGCACAAACAGUGGUAACGGAGACGCUGGGAAUUGGAGCGCCGUCUGUGUCUGUGUUGUGGGCAAGUCUUGUGGUUGUGACUUUCAAGACGAGAAACGUGACAACGAUUGCUGUGACGAACUCAACUGGAUGUACCGAAUUAAACGGAAAGAGAAAAAUGAAGAAACGAAAGACUGUUAUGUGCCUGAAGCGUUUGUUCCUGAUGUACCUAAUACCUGUAUCUCAAUGAGCCGGACAGAUGAAGACAACGUUGGGUCUGCGUCUAAGCCUGUUGCUAUAGACCUUAAGGACCUCUGCCUAUCUGUCGGUGCUCACGAGGUAAUUUCGAAGCUCGACAACUGCAGCCAGAAGUUUAGCAUGAACUGUACGUGCGACGCACCACACAGGGAAUGUGGAUGCCAAGAAAACUACAAACAAGGUAUGUGUACUUCUGCCAUCAUCAUUGACAUUGGCACAGAUGAAUGUCAGUCAGCCCACUUUAAAUCUAAGCUGUCAAGAGGAAGACAUCUUCAACUCGAAGAGACUUAUCUCCUGAACGUGAAACUGUUAGCUGAGGAUGACCGCGGCGCAUUGGACUUCGUUAGCAGCGUGGCUGCAUGUGAACCUGCGGUCUCCUUCAAAGGCUUCUGUCAGGAGGGUUUGCAGAAACAGCGUGCCCGAGUAACGGCUGUGUUGAGAAAAACAGGGCUUAACACUAUCUCUUUGUGUGUCAGAAGGCCACGUCAUCGUCUCAACAAAAGCUUGAUCAACUGGAGAAAGAGAAAGUGGCACCGGAGGAAAACAGUGCGGAUGCCUUCGUGGGGAACACGCUCCCUGCUACCUGUGACUCCAACGAAUCGACCUCCACCUAAACUGUCAAACCUCUACUACAUUAUUUCUUUUCGGGACGAAAUGUGCUAAGAAGGGGGCAAUGCUAUAACCCAGCCAUGCACACCACCAUCGAAGAUAGUGCAGAAAGAAGGUGCGCACUAUCACGGACUAGACAAGUUGGAUGUUGACAUGAGAGAGAAAACGAUUUCCGCCCAAGUCUAGAGCCAAUAUGGAGAUGCUGUGCUCAAGGCAGAUGCCCCUUUGUGUUUGUCAUGUCUCCAUGUAAAUAAGCGUCUUUGUCUCGUUGAGUUGCCUCCCUUAAGUUAUUACAAUCUAUCUAUCUAUCUAUCUAUCUAUCUAUCUAUCUAUCUAUCUAUCUAUCUAUCUAUCUAUCUAUCUAUCUAUCUAUCUAUCUAUCUAUCUAUCUAUCUAUCUAUCUAUCUAUCUUUCUACAUCCAUCAGCGCCAAAACGCCCUGCGCUAAAACGGCGUAGUCAAACAAGCCGUUGAACCAAAACAGCUUCACCAAAUCGGCUAAGUCAAAAGAUUUUGCUUGCAAUAAAGU